AUGGAACAACUUUUCAAGUAAGAUUACUUCAAUUUUUUGGGAUUUUCAUCGUUUUAGGAAGAUCGAUUCACAUCAGGAUGAGUUUAUCCAGCUGUUGAAGGAGGCAGUGGCCAUUAAGAGUGUCUCGGCGGACGCCGCUUAUCGUGAUGAGGUUUUUCGGAUGAUCACUUGGACGGCGGAGGUAAGGCGGCCGGGAGAGAAAAAUAUAGGAUCACAUUGUCAGUCUGUCGGGAAAAUAAUGAGCACAAUGUCGUGUCGAAAAUCGCAUCGCCGACGAGAUGAAUUGGGCUGCGGAAAAAAUCUUUUUCCUUCAGCGACGCGAUCGGCUCAGCCAGAUUGCGGUCAUUAUUUUCCCAACAGGCUGAGAGUAGCUCAAGCUUUGCACAACGAACCCGUUUGAACCGGCUGAGAUGUCUUAAGCCGGGCUCAAGCUUUGUACAGCGAACCCGUUUGAACUGGUUGAGAGUACCUUAAGCCGAACUCAACCUCUGUACAACGAACCCAUUUGAUAACGGAAAAUAAUGAGCACAAUGCUGCAGCGCCGCUCGCGUCGCUGAAAGUGAAAGGAAAUUUGUUUUUUUCCACACGAAAGUUCAUAUUCUCGGCGGCGAUGCGAUUUUCAAUGCGACAUUGCGCUCAUUACUUUCCCGACAGACUGAAAUUUGGCUUUUGAAGCUUGACUAUGCAUUUUUCAAAAGCUGACUACAUUUCCUUUUAAACUUUUGAAAAAUUGAUCUAAAUUAGUUUUCUCCCCUCUUAUCAGCCAGCCGGUGGUUCCGCUUUUGCCACUUUUCCGGACCAAACCAGUUAUUUUUAAUGAAAAAUAAAAAUUACUUGACAAAAUGGUCUGUAGUUAUUGCAUCAUUGCCGAUAACGGGGACAACUUUGCUUUCGUGUCAACGAAAGAAAAACCCAAUCUCAUCAUGUUUCUAUUGUGACAAAAAAACAAAAAGUAUGCUUACAGUAGGGCCUAUGCCUGGUCAAGGGGCCGGGCCAAGUGCUUCUGGCCCAACGCAAGAGCUCAUAACAAAACCUGUGUAUAACGAACUGUUUCAAAGUUUAGGAGAGUCAACGCUUGGCAUAGGUAAUACAUAUAAUAAGCAACCUCCGCACUAUAAAAACCGUUUUAUAACAAAAAAUUUUUGAUCAACGGAGGUUUGUUUGAUGUUCAAAGGCCUUUGUUGUAAACAGGUUGGGUCAUAUAGGCGUUCUUAUCAGUAUGUCGGGAAAAUAAUGAGCGCAAUUCAAUUUCACAGCGUCAAUCGGGUCACUAAGGUUGAAAGCAAUUUGACUUUACAACUCAUUUUCUCGUGCGACAUUAUACUCAUUUUUUCCCCGACAGACGUUACACCACAUAAUUUUUCUGCAUUUACCCAAAAUUUCCCAGAAUAAUAACAGCUCGUUCUUCUUUCAGAAGCUCAAAGGUAUUGGCGCCACCGUCGAGCUGAUCGACAAUGGAAUGCAAAGCUUGCCGGACGGCAAGCAAAUCAAACUGCCUCCGGUUCUCUUCGGCACCCUUGGCAGGGACAAGUCGAAGAAAACGUUGUGCGUAUACGGACAUUUGGACGUGCAGCCGGCCACGAAAUCGGAUGGAUGGAACACCGAGCCGUUCGAACUGACCGUCAAGGACGGAAAAAUGUUUGGACGCGGCAGUAGCGAUGACAAAGGGCCGGUUUUGGCGUGGGUGAAUGCGAUUCAAACCAUGCAGGAGCUGAAAAUUGAUAUUCCGGUGAACAUCAAGGUGAGAACGGCGAUGCGAUUUUUGAUGAGACGGAGCGCUCUUUAUUUUCCCGACAGACUGAUAAAAAUACAAUUUUUUUAAUCCUAUAUCGCUUUCAGUUCGUUUUCGAGGGAAUGGAGGAGAGUGGCUCGGAAGGGCUGGUCGACAUCUUGACCAAGCACAAAGACAGCUUCUUGGGCGACGUUGAUGCCACUUGUAUCAGCGACAAUUACUGGCUCGGGCGGAACAAGCCCUGUCUGACCUACGGGCUGCGAGGCGUUUGCUACUAUUUUGUGGAAGUGUCCAAUCCCAAACAAGACCUCCAUUCGGGGAUUUACGGAGGCGCUCUGUAAGCAAUUUUGAGACUUUUGGCUAAAAUACGGCGGCUGGGAUUACAAGAAAAAAAAAGAAAUACAAAUUUGCUUGUAGACAUGAGCCAAUGACGUCAUUGAUAAAACUCCUGGGAACGCUGACAAAGACCGAUGGCACGAUUAAUAUCGAUGGCUUGUACGAUUUGGUGGCUCCAAUGAAGGAGGGAGAGGACGCAUUGUAUGAGAAUAUCGAUUUUGAUCCGGUAAAGCAAAAAAAAUUUUUUUUUUUUUUUUUGAAAAACAGAUCUGGACGGUGCAGUGAAAUUUUUGUGAUGCACAGUGCAAAAAAAAAUUGUUUCGAAAAUUCGAAUUUCAUGUGGAAAUUUUUCUUCAAAACAAGGUUUAAAAUUUUGCACGGUGCAAAAAAAAUUUUUUGACCGCACAGUGCAAAAAAAAAUCUUUAAUUUUCGGUUUUUUGAUGAUUUUUUGAGCAAAAAUUCAAACUCUAAAAUUUUUAAAGAAGCAACGAAAUAUUUACUGCAAAAAAUACGUUUUAAAUUUCCGAUUUUUGGUGAUUUUUUCGACAAAAAAGUUACUCUAAAAAACACUCUGAAAAUUUGCACUGUGCAGUCAAUAUUUGUGUUCUGCACAGUGCAAAACAUUUUUUUUUUUUUUUUUGAAUUUCAAAUCUUUUUAAGAUUUUUGUAUUAAAAUUUCCAUGAUUUUUUAACCAAAAAUUUGCAUAUAAACCGUUAAAAAACUUUAAAUUUUUUUCUGGAGUACAAAAAAAUAUAAAAAAUCAUUCUCCGUAUUUUAGGAGGACUUUCGAAAAAAUAUCGACGCAAAUUUCCUGACCACUUCCAAUAAAGCGGAGCUCCUGAAGCGCUCCUGGAGAAUGCCCUCGCUUUCCAUUCACGGGAUCCAGGGGGCGUUCCAUGAGCCCGGCUCCAAAACAGUCAUACCGUGCAAGGUGACGGGCAAGUUCAGUAUUCGCAUUGUGCCGGACAUGACACCCGACGACGUGCACCAACUCGUCUGUAAGCACAUUGAAAGAGAGUGGCAGAAACUGGAGUCGGAUUGUGAUAUUCGCUUCCAACCGAUGCAAGGGAAUAUGCCGUGGGUGGCCGACUUCAACAACCCGCUGUACAAGGCUGGAGCGAGAGCGCAGGAGAAGGGUAGGUCAAAUCUAGUAAUCGCUGCGUGCUGAGCGUAUAGAAUAGACCCACAGCGAUGCGUCCCGGUUUUUCGUGUCGACGACAAUUUAUGUCAUCACAAAAUCGACCCAUGCCUGGCGUAGGGCAGGUGGAUACCCAAAAAAAGGUUGUAGGAAGGGCCUGCGAAGCCUGGCAAAGCCGUUGUAUGGUCGGCGGACGAUCGGUGAAGGCUCGGCGGAGAUUUGCAAUAUAUCUAGUUUUUCUAAUUUAAGCUAUUACUAACCCAAAGAAAGUUUGUAGGAAGGGCCUGCGAAGCCUGGCAAAGCCGUUGAAUAGUCGGCGGACGCUAGGCGAAGGCUCGGCGGAGACUUGGCGAAGGCUUGCAAUAUGCCUAGUUUUUCUAAUUUAAGCUAUUACUAACCCAAAGAAAGUUUGUAGGAAGGGCCUGCGAAGCCUGGCAAAGCCGUUGUAUGGUCGGCGGACGAUCGGCGAAGGCUCGGCGGAGACUUGCAAUAUAUCUAGUUUUUCUAAUUUAAGCUAUUACUAACCCAAAGAAAGUUUGUAGGAAGGGCCUACGAGGCCUGGCAAAGCCGUUGAAUAGUCGGCGGACGCUAGGCGAAGGCUCGGCGGAGACUUGGCGAAGGCUUGCAAUAUGCCUAGUUUUUCUAAUUUAAGCUAUUACUAACCCAAAGAAAGUUUGUAGGAAGUGCGUACGAGGCCUGGCAAAGCCGUUAGAUGGUCGGCGAAGGCUCGGCGGAGACUUGACGAAAACUUGCAAUAUGUCCACUUUUUCUAAUUUUAUCUAUUACUAACGUUAGUUUUUCCUACCCUGAGUUAUUGUAGCAUAUAAAAGACUAAAAUUUGCGGGGAAAAGACAAAGAUCCGUAAUUUUUAUCUAGAUAUUAUUGAUGUGACUACAUGUAAAAUCACCUCAAAAUAAAUAGGUGAUAAGCCGUCCUAGGACCUGAGCAAUCUUAUCAUUUGUGUCAACUACGCUUUCUCCUAGCCUCCGUCAUGCAUAAAACAACAAAUCGAGGCAAUCCAAGACAUUGUCGACCCGAACUGUCGCUGACCCGAAAAGUCGUAGGGCCAAACAUUUGACCUGUUUGGUCCUAAUAAAAAUUAAAUUUUCAGUCUUUGGCGUCUCUCCGGACUACACCCGUGAAGGCUGCUCAAUCCCAAUCACUUUGACAUUCCAAGAGCUCACCGAAAAGAAUGUAAUGCUACUGCCAAUUGGCGCUUGCGAUGACAUGGCGCAUUCCCAAAACGAAAAAAUGAACAUCUCCAAUUAUAUGAACGGAAUCAAAACUUUGGCCGCUUUUUUAUUGGAACUCAAAGGCGCUUUAUAA